AGGAGCAGAUGAGUUCACCUGGAGCGCUGUUGACUCAGUGCUGCUGACACCAUGGGGGUCACUCGAGGGAUUCAGGUUUUGACACUCGUCUGUGUUUUAUUCCGCUGUGAAUCUCUCCCUCGUGUCCCGAUGGAAUUUGACAUCACGCAGACUUGGGACAGUGACCCUGUGACCCACGACCCCAUCAGGAUCGUUUUCUCUCCUGGGGCUGGAGGGCUGAAGAUGGAGGUGUUCGCUCCAUUCUUCAAUGACCCUGACGCCCCUCCCGGACCCCCAGGACAUGCUUUUCCAGGACUCUGGAAUUAUGAAGUGGUGGAGUCAUUCUUCCUUGAUAGCACGACCGAAAAUUAUCUUGAGGUGGAGGUUUGUCCCCAUGGACAACACCUGAUCCUGCUGCUCUCAGGAGUAGGCCAAGCUUUUGUGCAACAACUCCCCAUGGUGUUUAAUGCCAAGAUCACAGGGGACAGCUGGGUGGGCGAAGCUCUCAUCCCGUGGAGCUACUUCCCCCCCAAUGUCAACCAGAUGAACUCAUACGCCAUCCAUGGUUCAGGAGACAAGCGUACUUAUGAAUCCCUCUACCCAGUGCCCAAAGACGAACUUGUCGAAGGCCAAAAACCCAAUUUCCACCUUCUGAAGUAUUUCCGAGACUUCCGCCUGCAAAGCAUCAUGGGAGAAGACUGGGUACAGCCAGAGUCUGACCUGUGGGCAGGGAAGCCCUGAGCACAGGUUUUUGUGUUUUUUUUGGUCUGUUGUGCGUGCACACACACACACACACA